GUUUUGCAAACCAUUUUGAAAUUUUCUCAAGUACCCAUUUAUUGAAUUUUCAACCAUGGCUGAAAAGGACCCUGCAGAUUUUCUUUCUCACAAUGUCCCUUCUAUUUCUCAGGUUGAGGAGGAAUUGAAGGAGCUAUGGGGAAUGGCAUUGCCCAUAACAACAAUGAACUGCCUAGUCUAUUUUAGGCAACUGGUUUCCGUGCUGUUUCUAGGGAGGCUCGGCAGCCUAGAGCUGGCUGGCGGGGCUCUCGCCAUUGGCUUCACAAACAUCACUGGCUAUUCUGUGCUAAAUGGUUUGGCUUCCGGGCUGGAGCCAGUGUGCAGCCAGACCCAUGGCAGCUGCCAAGGCAGCAAGAAGUGGGAAUCCCUCGCCCUUUCGCUUAGGCAGAUGAUCUUCAUACUUGCGGUGGCCACCGUACCCAUAGCUAUUCUCUGGGUGAACCUUGAGCCAAUCAUGGUGUUCUUGGGGCAAGACAAGGAGAUCACAUCAAUGGCGGCCACUUACUGUGUUUAUUCUCUCCCUGACCUCUUGACCAACACGGUGUUGCAGCCGUUGAGGGUUUAUUUGAGGUCGCAGGGGGUGACUAGGCCGCAGAUGUGGUGUACUUUUGUGGCUGUGAUUUUUCAUGUGCCGUUGAAUUUUGUUUUUGUGGUGGUUUUGGGGAAGGGGGUGGCAGGGGUGGCUCUGGCCUCGGUGGUGACUAAUCUGCAUAUGACGGUUCUGAUGAUGGGGUAUGUGUGUGUUUAUGGGAGGUGGGAGUGGAAGUGGACCGCCGCCGCCGCCAGCGGCGGCGGCGGCGGAGGGAUGGGGUCGUUGUUGAGGUUGUCGGUGCAGAGCUGUAUUGGGAUUUGUUUGGAGUGGUGGUGGUACGAGAUUGUCACUGUUCUUGCCGGAUACUUGCCUAAUGCUAGGCUAGCUGUGGCGGCCACUGGGAUUCUCAUACAAACCACCAGCUUUAUGUAUAAUAUCCCUUUGGCUUUGGCUGGUUGUGUCUCUGCUCGGGUGGGGAAUGAACUUGGCGCUGGAAGACCAUACAAAGCCAAGCUAGCUGCAAUGGUUGCCUUGGUAUGUGCAUUUGUGUUCGGAUUCAUCAAUGUUUUAUGGACAGUGGUGUUCAGGCACAGAUGGGCAGGCCUUUUCACAAAAGAAGAGUCGCUUAAAGCGGUGGUGGCAUCAGUUCUGCCAAUUAUCGGCAUGUGUGAGCUUGGGAAUUGUCCACAAACCACGGGCUGUGGCAUCCUCCGCGGCACGGCCAGGCCAGAGGUGGGGGCGCGCAUAAACCUCGUCUCCUUUUAUUUCGUGGGCACACCGGUGGCUGUGGGUUUGGCAUUCUGGCUCAAGGCUGGGUUCAGCGGGCUGUGGUUCGGGCUUUUGUCAGCGCAGGCGGUCUGCGCUGUUUCGGUUCUGUAUGUCACGCUUUGCCGGACAGAUUGGGAGGUGGAGUCGUCCAGGGCUAAGAACCUCACGAGCUUGCAGAUGUGGCAAAGAGUUGAGGUCAGUGGUGGUGGUGGUGAUGAUGGAGAGGAACAAAGGUUUUUGGGCAAUGAGGGACAGGCUUGAGAGUUGAGAGGAACAUGCUGACAAAUAGGGAGUAUGUACUAUAAUGUUUAGUGGAAAGAGCCCAUUUCUAUUAUUGUUUAGAUGUUCUUAUUGGGGCAUGUUUUAUGCAACUUGUGUUUUUCUUUGCAAAGGUAGAGAAGGAAUAUCUUGUUGGCCAUAUGUUUUAGGAUCUUAUUUUUUAUUUUGCACUUCUCUAUCUAAAAGCAAACUAACUAUUAAACUA